UUUAAUAAAAGUAAAAUGUCUACAAAGAUAUAUAUGUUUUUAUUGAUUUUUGUAAGCGGUUUAAUGGUUUCUGAAGCAACAAGAGGAAGAUAUAAACAACGUGUGCCACAUCUUCCAGGGGUGUCACACUAUCAUCGUCCACGAGUUUUUACCAAACAUUAUGCACCGGUAAUGAAGCCUAAUAUAAAUAAUCCCCCAUCUCUGCAUGCUUCUGUUGUUCAGAAAGCAGACUAUACCAAGCCUGAGGAUGUACCUGCAACAAAGCCUGAAACAUUAUCUUGGUUGAACAAAUCAAAGGAUAAAUUAAAAUCUGCAACGAAUUCUAUAAAGGAUGUCUACAAAGCCAAAAUAGAGGAUAAAUUUCAACCUGCUAUGAGUACUACAAGGUUUGGCUUCAAAUCACUGAGAGGUGUAAGCGAUACUGUUAGUGCCGUAGACAAUAUUAACAACUUCGGGUAAAUAUAUUAUUUAUUUAUUAAUUAAGCUAUUAUCAAGGACAUGAUCAAUAUUGGCGAUAUAUGUAUAUAUAUAAUAGUAGGUUUCAAAAAGUAGAGCAUGCUGUAUAAACACGUGUGAUUCUGCAGCACAUGGCGUCCCGCUCGCACUGGAAAUUCCACUCCCCUUCAGAAUGUCGGCAUUAAGUCAUAACGCAUUUCCCAUUGUGAGUCAAGUUUCCGGAAAUCUAUCCUCCUCACUAUAGUCUUCGUGACCACCCAGCCCUUGUUAAAGACACACUUCAAUUACAAUGGUUUUGCGUAUUGCUACUCAUGGGCGGCGGUAAUCACUUUCACUCAGCUAUACUGUAAGCUGUUUUGCCCAUAUACUAUGAAAAAAGUGGCUAUCUCAAGUCACAAUAUUCAACUACUCAUUAACAAUUAUCACUCCCGCAAUUAUCCCCCACCCAUAACGUAUUCCUAAUUCAUUUUUGCCUAAACGUCACUUUUAUGUUUUUGAGAGUAUUAUGACCCUAAGUUCAAAUCUAAAAGUUUGUGAUUCAAUUUUUUUUCUCACUCACUUUCCGGUGAAUAGAACAUGGAUCUCAAACAAAAAUGA